UAAACAUAUACACAACUCUUUCACUUUUGCAUCAUCUUCCUUCUUCUCUUAAGCACAAAUGGCGACUCUUUAUAGUCAAGUUCCUUCUGUAUCAGCAGUUUUCUCUCUUUACACAUCUUUUUCCGCAAUCACGAUGCUUUUUCGAACAAUCCUCAACGAGAUUGUGCCUAAAAGAAUCAGAGAGUACAUAGCUAUGAAAGCUGUAGACUUCUUCUCUUCUUACUUUCAAUCUGAUUUCACUUUUGUGAUAGAGCAACGUUGGGAGUUUGUUGAGAAUCAGACGUUCCGUGCUGCUGAAGUUUACUUACCUACCUGUCUCGCCGGACUUUCUACAGGCAAACUUCUUGUGGGUUCAAGUAAUCUUAAGAAUCCAGCUGCUGAGCCAAAACUUGGUAUCCCUGUGAACACUAAGAUCAUUGAUAACUUUGAAGGGAUUCAUCUAGAAUGGACUCUUCACUCUGUUGAAACUAAGAAGUAUCUACCCGAAAAACGGUACUUUCAUUUGACAUGUAAGAAGGAGUUUCGUGAGAAGAUAAUGACGGAUUACUUCACUUACUUAGCGAAAUCAGCGGAGAAGAUAAUGAGCCAUCGCGAGAAUCUCAAGAUCUAUACUUAUAACCAAGACCGGUCUAAAUGGGAAUCUGCUAUCUUCGAGCAUCACACGACCUUUGAGACGUUAGCUGUUGAGCCAGACCUAAAGAAGACUUUGAUUGACGAUCUUGAUGCUUUCUCUAAAGGAAAAGACUUCUUCAAGAGCGUAGGACGUGCUUGGAAGCGAGGAUAUCUUCUUUACGGUCCACCGGGAACCGGGAAGUCUUCUAUGGUAGCUGCCAUUGCUAAUCAUAUGAAGUAUCAUAUCUAUGAUCUUCAGAUUCAAAGUGUUAGAGAUGAUGGUGAGUUGCGGGAGAUUCUUACUUCGACCAAGAACCGGUCGAUUCUUCUUAUUGAAGAUAUUGAUUGUGGAGCUGAUGCUUCUCGUAGACGUCAGAGUAAGAAGAAGGAAGAAGAUGGUGGAGAAGAUGAUGGUGAGCCACAAAAGAGGAAGAAGAAGUUUGAAGUUGGGAUAUCUUUGUCUGGUCUAUUGAACUUUGUUGAUGGACUUUGGUCAAGUUGUGGAGAAGAGAAAAUCAUAAUUUUCACUACUAAUCACAAGGAGAAGCUCGACCCGGCGUUGCUUAGACCAGGACGGAUGGAUGUUCAUAUUCUCAUGGACAAUUGUACUCCCUUUGUGUUCAAGAAGCUUGUGGCUUUGUACCUUAAAACCGAUGAGCAUGUCUUGUUUGAUCCCAUUGAGAAGCUCAUUCUUGAAGUGAGUUCGACUCCCGCUGAAGUCACGCAGCAGCUCAUGGCGAGUAAGAACGCUGAUAUCGCGCUUAAAGGCCUUGCUGAAUUCUUGGAGAACAAGAAGUUGAAAAAGGGAGAAGAUUCUAGUGUGGAGGAAGAGGGAGAGAUUGAAGAUGCUGAGACUAAAGAAGCAGAAACAUAAGACUUUAUUAGAAGUAACUCUAGUGUUUCAGCUCCUUUUGGUAAUAAAUAUCAUUGCUUUAGACCAGAUGAAACAAAAUGUAGCUAAAACUACAUGUUGAUGUAUGAACAAUUAGGGGACAUAGAGUCUCAUAAAUAUAUCUUUCUUUUAUAAAAUUGUAUAACCC